AAUGACAGUGUGCUACCAGCACACAUGCAGCUGUGUCUCUGAUUGAAUUUAAGCUAGCUUGACUUUAAUAUACAGCCAACAUGAAACAACCCGAGGUAGCAGGCUGGUGAACACAGAAUUUGCUAUUUCAUUUUAUGUUGACAGGGAUGUGUGGUUGAAAAAAUGGGGAAGCACAACAGCUAUAACCUAAACCGUCAAUGCAUGGAUCUGUGAACAUACAGUUACUGGACUUUAAAUGUGGUUCCAUGUCUGUCUGGCCUUCUGUGUGUAGCACUGAGCAAGGGCCAGUAUGUGCAUACAAAGCAAAAAUAGUUAAAGUACUGAUCCCUGUGGAACACUAUCCUGUGUUUAUCAGUAUAAGUAGGGUGUACAGCAUCAUUAUAGACCGUUAGUGUUUGAUGGGACAGACUGAGGGACACCAGGCGACCCGCAGACCCUUCAGACCAGAGAGGCUCUCCAGUUAAUAGGAUGGCAUCGUCCGUAGUGUCUCAGGUGAUGCUCACAUCAAGUAGCAGCAAGAACGCAGUCAGAGUCGAUGGCUGUGAAGUGUUUACAUCUGAAUUCGCUGAAGCUGAUCAAUGACUGCAGCUGAUGGAUGGAUGACUGUGAGCCCGUCGGUCACCAGUAGUUUGAACGUUAAUCAGUCAAAGUCUGUGCUCAACAUUAUAAAGUCAGAUGUACUGUUCAAUUUGGUUCAAGAGUAUCCGCACGUCAAACACACAAAUGUAUGCAGCCAACAGCAGCAUGCUAGUUUCUAAAUCACAGUUUGCAUGACAACACGUAGAGAUGGUCACGUGCUGAUGAAGGCCAACGUAAGAGCUGUUUUCUCUGCCUGCCUCCUUGUAGAUCUGUUUCCUAAUAAAUCAAAUAUCAAACUCCUCUCCUCAAGCAGCGCUCACUCACAGAGGAGGGCGGCACCGUCAGGAGGACAGUGGAGACAGAGCAGCAAAGAGCAGCGGCAGGAUGAAGCUAAACCACAGCGGAGAGAGGUGGUGGAGCAGGACCAGAGACUGGGACAGGAAGCAGUGCCCAGAGGGACCUGCCAGGCCAUGUGUCCGGCUCGAGAGCUGCGGAACCGCGAGGCUCAGAACCGCCUUCACCGUUUCGAGGUGUUACCAGGCACGGAGAGAGACUGGCGGCCGAGAGGAGACGCUUUGCGUGCCGUCAAGGAGUACUCCAGACCAGCAGCUGGGAAAGACUCGACGAACCCCGCCGAGCUCCGGCCGCCCGCCGUGCUGCUGAAAACUGUGUGUUACCUUAUUGAUGAAAUUGCUGCCUCGCUUCGUCUGCAUCCGUGGACAGAGGUGUACAGCUUCGUCUUUGAUCGGCUGCGCGGCGUCAAGCAGGACAUGAUCAUCCAGAGGGUGUCCGGGUUGGACUGCGUGGCCAUUUUAGAGCGGACGGUGCGUUUCCACAUCUACGCCUCCUACCGUCUCUGUGGCGAACCCCUGCGGCUCUACGACCCUCGCAUCAACGACACUCACCUGCAAGAAUACCUGAGCUGGCUGUUAGACUGCUACGCAACCGGACCAGAACCACAUCCCAACCAGGAGGAGUUCCAGGCUCUCGCUUUGCUGUACAACCUGGGUUCAGCUCAUGCCGCGCAGCACAUCAUGGAGCUGCCCGAGCGACUCCGCAGCGCUCCUUCCAUCACGCUCGCUCUUUCCAUCAACCAGGCUUUUCUGGAGCGAAACCCGGUCCGUCUGCUGCGGCUGGCUCACAGGCUGAGCUUCCUGCAGACCUGUGCGCUGCACCGCCACCUGGCGGCGUGUCACAGAGAUCUGCUGCUCAUAUACAGCCACGGAUUCAGCAGCCGCAACUGUCGCUUUCCUCUGGACAGACUGGCUGGGCUCUUGUCUCUGGACACGCCGCUGACGGCUCAGCUGUGCCAGGCGUAUGGAGUCGAGGUGAACCGGGACGACCAGGUGGUGUUCUCCAAAGCUGCUUUCUCUGAGCCAGAACAAGGGAAGCUGCACUGCAACCUGUAUCACAGCAUCGUGUCUGAAAAACAGAAAGACCUCACUGUCCAGAACAUCAUUCAUGGCUGCGCUUGAGACUAAAUAAUCCGACCAGACGCAGGCUGCAGGUGUAGUCCUGCCAUCAGCCGAAUACCCAGGAUGCUCUCUGCUCCCCUCUCACCAGCUCACUAUGACAGCAGCCUCCAAACUGGCAACCUGCCGCUCUUACAUUUGGUUUUGUUGAGGAUUUGCUAGUUUUUAGGUUUCAAUCACAGUUCUCACAGUGACAGCAGUCGGAUGAUGUUGUGGCCUGAACAGGGAACCUGUGUGUUGCUCCACAGAUAGACCACAGUGGAAGUUUCAGGGAUUUAAAAUGUGGAACAAAGACACUGGCAGGCAGCAUGUUCCUACUCAGUCUGACUUAGUGGAUGUAUGCAGCAGGUGCCACGCUGCUCUUUACAGUUUUUAAAAUGCACUUCACUCCAGGAGACACCAACCAGAACCUCUGGCAUGCAGCCCACCACACUGACAGUGUGACGUUCUGUGGAGGAUCGGCUGUUUUUUCAGUGAGCCACACUUCCCACCUCCUUACAUGCAAAAACUUUUCACUCGUCACUAUUAUAGGGGAACACUGAAGCCCCUCCUUAGCACCGCUCAAGACAGUUCUGAUCUACUCAGACAAGCACUUGUUCCUCCUGUGACAGAGCGAUGAGGUGCAGCCAGACCCAGACGUAGAGCUCAGCGAGGCCAAUGCAUCACAGUGUUGUUCAAGGACACUUAUGGGCGUCACAUUUCUACUCAUUUAACAGUUUUACUGCCUCAGAGGUUUGUUACUCUUGUUGUUCUAUCUCAGACACCUAAUACCUGUAUUUGUUUUAUUUUUCCAGCUAAAUUUGAUUUUAAAGAAGCAGAUCUGGGCUGCCGUUGAGCUGAUGGUCAACAGCAGAGAACUCACUGUAAUGACGUUAAGAUGUGAACUUACUUCUGUUUUGCUGCCAUUUCCCGGUGAUGUCUGGAUGCUGUGUGAUGUUUUGUGUUGAUUUAUUCUCCAAAGAAAUGCAGUAUUUUGGACACAUUUCAAUAAACUUUGUUACCUGAG